UUACACGUUAACACGAAGUGGGUGUUAACACAUGAUUUUAACACGUUUUUGCUUUAAAGGUCUUCCAUAGAAAGAGAUCCGAUGUGGAGCAUGGACAGAUCGAGCGUUUCUCUGCUGUUGAUAUGGGCUUUCAGAUGUUCAUAUGCAUUUAACAUGGACACAGAACAUUCACUGACAUUUUAUGGCAAACAAGAAGACUUCUUUGGCUACAGCGUUCAUCAGUACCAAUCUGAAAAUGGGAAAGAGAUCAUCAUUGGAGCUCCAUUAAAUAAUUCAACAGAGAGAAUUUACACCUGUCUCACAAAUCUAAUGGACUGUACACCACUGCAGCCAGGUUCAGAGAGUAACAGACCGUUGGAUUUGUCAACUGCUGUGUCGUCUUCUGGUACCACAAGCAUCACUUACAACAGCAGGUUACAGCCGGACUCCAACUUCACCACAGGUUUUCAAGAAUGCACAAAGCAAGAAGUCAAUCUGGUGUUUCUGUUUGAUGGAUCUGAAAGUAUGACAACAGAUCAAUUUAAUUUAAACAAAGAUUUCAUCGUAAAUAUUAUGACAAAACUAUCAAACUCCUCCAUAAAGUUUGCCGCUGUCCAAUUUUCCAAAUCUUUCCGAACUGUGUUCGACUUCAAUGACUAUCAGAACAACCUCGCUAAAGAGAAACUCAUGAAAGAGAUGCACAUGAAUGAAAUCACAAACACGCACGGUGCAAUACAAUACACAUUAGACAAACUGUUGAAUAACAUGUCGUCUGGAGUGAACCCCAAUGCUACAAAAGCACUGGUGAUAAUAACUGAUGGAGACCCAAGUGAUGUUGAUUAUGAUAAUGUCAUCAAGUCAUGUGAAGAGCAAAAUAUCCUCCGGUACAUAAUUGGGGUCGGAAAUGUUGGCCUAGCAAGACUGAAAUUGAUGGCUUCAGAGCCCAAAGACAACAACACCUUCUACAUUGAUAAUUACAAUGGACUCCCUAGACUCCUUGACGAUCUGCAAAAAGAGAUCUACAAUAUUAAGGGUUCCCAUGAAACAAACAAAAGCAACGACCGACAGAACUUUGAAUCAGAAUUAUCUCAGAGUGGAUUCAGUGUUGUCUAUCACACUACGGACUCUGUGAUUGUGGGUUCGGUGGGAUCUUAUAACUGGCGUGGAGUUCUGUAUGAAGUCAGAGGAUCUGGAUUUAGAGAGACCGAGAUUAAAGAUCCAGCUGUCAAUAAAGACUCAUACAUGGGUUACUCUGCUGUGAUAGGACGCAGAGGCAACGUCUCUCUGCUCGUCUCUGGAGCUCCACGUGCUCAACACAAGGGUCUGGUGAUGCUCUUUCACCAAAAUAACAACACAUGGACUGUAAAGAAGAACAUCAUAGGAAUUCAGAUCGGGUCGUAUUUUGGAGCGUCUCUGAGUCUGUUAGACAUCGACUCUGAUGGAGAAUCAGAUUUUCUUCUGGUCGGGGCUCCGUUAUAUUACCGCUCUCAGCCGAGGGGAGAAGGGAGGCUCUACAUCUAUACUUUAUCAGAGGAGUCGUUUCUUAAGAUGAUGAACAUGUGCGAGUCAAAUGCAGGCAGAUUUGCUGCGUCUCUAGCAUCACUAAAGGACCUGAAUGGAGACGGGCUGUCAGAUGUGGCGGUCGGAGCACCGUUAGAAGAUGAAGGGACAGGAGUCGUGUACAUCUACCUCGGCGAUAAGAUGCACGGCAUAAACCUGAAAUAUAGUCCUCAGCGGAUCUCAGCGAGGUCAGUUCUGCCGGGUCUGCAGCAGUUUGGAGUCUCUGUGGUGGGUGAGAUGGACAUGAAUGAUGAUAAUCUGACGGAUGUUGUGAUUGGAGCACGCGGAGGAAUCGUUCUGUUGAAAGCCAGACCUGUGAUGUUUGUAUCUUCACAACUCAGUUUCAGCCCCAGUAAAAUCAGCCUAAAUGACUUUACCUGUUCGGAUGUGGAUGUGUUUCAUGCGUUCACCCUCACUUCAUGUUUCACUGUGUUUGAGCGAACCAGCAGCACAGGUUCACUGAACAAGGAUCUGAAAAUCUCUCUGAAUAUUAAUCUGGAUGUUGAAAGAGAAAUGAAUCGAGGAUUCUUCAAGCUGCAGAAUUCAAGAUCCAGGAGUCUUCAGAAAUCCAUCCUGAUGCCGGUUUCUAAUGCCUCCUGUUUUAACUUCUCAAUCUUCAUGCCGCGAUGUGUUUUUGACACAGUGACUCCACUGAAGAUUCAAAUGAAUUUCUCACAAACUGAGUUGUCUUCUGAUCAACCAUCAGCUAUUCUAGACAUCCACAGCACGACAGGGAUGUUUGUUGAGGUACCAUUCGAAAGGAGCUGUAACAGUGACAGAUGUGUGCCCGAUCUAAAGCUGAACUUCAGAUUUAUUAAUGAGACCUUACUGGUGGUAAAUCAAGCCUAUUUUAUGGUUCUUAUAAUGCUGGCUAACAAAGGAGACAACUCUUAUAACAACAGCAUAGUGCUGCACUACCCAGAGGGACUGUCACUCUCCAAAUUUGAUGCUGUUAAGAGCCGCGCACGCAGCAGCUGUGGCGAUCGAGAUGGCGGUGCUAUGAAGAGAACCACCUGCAGUAUCAAUCUACCAGGGUAUCGAAGCGAUAUUGAAACUGAGUUUCUAGCAACAUUUCGUGUGACCAAUCAAGACUACGACUGGCCAGAUAUGAUGGACAUGAUCAUCAUUGCCGACAGUGAUAACAACGGUAACACCACUAAUGCCACAGUGAAGAGGAGUAUAGCGGUUAAGUUCGCCAUUGACUUGGCUAUCAGUCUGGUGAGUGAAUAUUCUGUCACGUAUCUGAAUCUCUCUCUGGAGGACAGAAGGCCAAAAUCUCUCAGCAUCACUUACAAGGUGGAGAAUCUGGGCCCUAAAUCUCUGCCAGUAUCAGUCACACUCCUAUUGGCCUGUCCAACAACACAUGUGAUGUUCACACCGAAGAGCUUCGGCAUAAACGAGGUCUUCGGUCUCUCUAAGUUAACACAGUGUAAGAUGAUCAAUGGGAAACAGGAUGGUUACUGUGGGAAGUUUCAGUGUGAUGAAUUCUAUCUGGAGACAUCUGCAGCUGUUUACUUUGUUCUGACGGCACAAGCUGCGCUUCAAAACACAAAGGAGUUUGAGUCGAGAUUUUCCUUUCACGAGUUCAGUUAUGUCUUUAACAUCAUUGCCCAUCUGAACUACAACACAAGCCGCUACAACCAGAGGACGACCGGUUUACAGGACGACCCAAGUAAAUUCCAGACCACAGUCAGGGUGGAGUUUGUAGUUCUGCCCAGUCUAUGGCUGAUUAUUUGCUUGGGUGCUGGAGGCGGACUGAUCUUACUUAUUAUCAUAUUAGUUGUACUGCUGAAGUGUGGUUUCUUUAGGCGCAACCGUCCUCAGGAGUUGAACACAUAUGUGUUAGAAAGCACACAUCAAGGUGAUCCUCUCAUGCACAACUUUGAUGAAAAUAGAGAGGAAACGAUGGAUGAUGGAGAGAAAAGGAGCAGUGGUGGAGAGAUGAACAGCCGUGAUACAGAGAUGAAGACAGGCGAUGAAGAAGAGUUUGACAGUAAUGGAGCGAUGCAUGUAUGUGAUGAAGAGGAGUGAUAGAGAGAUAAGGAGCAGUGAUGUAAAGAUGAGGGAAAGUGAUGAAGGUGUAGAUGAUUAAAAAUGGAUGGAAAAAAUAAAAACUUUGCUUCUGAAGGUCCAAAUACAGAGAAGCAAUAACAAACAUUCUGAUGAAAUAUGAUGUGUCAUGUAGGGUUUUGUGAUGUUUUCAGUGCAUAUUUAGUUUGGUUUGCCUUCUUUCAAUUGAACAGAAUUUAGUAUUUUUAGGUUAAGAAUUUGUUUAGUUUCAUUAUUUGUAUUUCAAUGUUUAGUGUAUUUGUGUGUGUUUAAUACGUGUGAGUGUCUGUGUGUGUUUUAAUAGCUGUUCUGUGUGAAUAUUUUGCGCUUAAUAUUAAUAUCAGUAUUAACAGUAUUAAAGGGAUAGUUCGGCCAAAAAUGAUAUUAAACCCAUGAUU